UAUAUAAGCUCUCUAAGUGUAGAACUGUUGGCAGCAGCUAAGAUGAAGUACUUGACGUGUGGAUUGCUUUUGCUGGCACUGCUGCCGGCUCUAAUCAGCGCGUAUCCCAGCACCGUGGUGGUGAAUGGCGUCUGUUUGACUUGUCCCAAUCCAAAUGGUGAGUCGGUGUACAUCGAUGGCCAGGAAUAUCGCAGCUUCUCCAACGGCAAUGUGGUUGUCAGUCGCCCGGGCUACAACAAUGGCCGCAACACGAUUGUGAGACGUGGUGGCUCGACUGUGGUUAACGGCAACUGUGAGAUAUGUAAUGUUGAUGUUUAAAGGCAGCAAAUAGUUAGUUUAACUAACUGAAAUAAACCUUAAAAUCACAA